AUGCAAACAUAUAUAGUUUUAAACAUAUUCAGGACAAAUGAGACGCAACCUUCGUUUAUUGUUUCACUGAUGGGGCAUUCCAAAGAGUACUACAAAAUAGAUAAAAGUAUAUCAGAGAGAGUCUCAAAAGGAAUGAUAUACAUUGGAGAUAAAAUACAGAUAAAAGAGAUAACAGCUGAUGGGGUAAUAUUUGAUGUCUUGGAUGACAGCACAUUAUCUGGCAAUUCAGGAAAUAUUUUAGAAAGUGAAGAAGAAUCUGAGACAAGCUUUUUCUAUUCUGAUAUUAAGCAUGAAAUCAAGCCCUUCAUCAACCCAAAUGUACACUUUUUGCCAUAUCUGUGUGACAUUCUACCCUACAACCUUCUUGCCGUUGAGGAAAUGGAAGCACAAGCAGAAAGGAAUGACGAUGGAAUAUUUACUGGAAAAUAUAAAGUUGGAGAGCUGCAUGCCUCAAACAUCAAGCUACCUCUUUCUGGCAUGUUUAUUGCUAAAAUUAUCCAAAAAACACGAAUUAGUACAUAUCCAACAUCCUUCAAUCCAUUUUUCUUUGCGAUUGUGUCUUCUGGCGAUGUUAUGGUUAAGAUAGUUUUUUGGAUUGAAAGUCUGAAGCAGUACAGCAGUCUCAAGGUAGGAGAUAUAAUAAUGGUAAAGGAAUACAGGAAAAAAAAGAAGUGGUCGGCAUUUGAUAAGAUUGACAUCAACACCUUUACAGAGUCAGUAUACUUUGAUGUUGAGGAAAUAACUGCCAAGGAAUUAGUUAAAAUCAAAUUUAAUAAAAAAAGCAUCAGCAGGUCUAUUUUCGAAACAGUUGAAGGUAAAAUUGAGUAUCUCAGUGUACUGAUGAGAUACAACUGUAAUGAUACAUUGAUGGAGUAUGUUUUGAUGCAUGUUAGCGGAAAGAAGGUUGUUCUGUUCUAUAACUCCGAUACUGAGUUUUAUAAAAUCAAUGUAGGAAUUCACAUAGUGAUAGCGGAGCUUAGAAAAAUGGAAAGGGCUGGGUUCGAAUUUUAUGUUAGUACAAUUUAUACACAAUUUGAAAUCAAGCCCAAACAAAUAUUAAAAAAAGAGGGUAUAUCUGAUAGCGAUGUACCAAAAAAGACUAAAUUGGACGAAAAUUCAGCAUCUGAAAUUUUCGGUGCUAUUGGAUUUUUACCAGAUAGCUUUAAUAGUUUAACAGAUAUAACUGACUAUUUUCAUAAAGAAUUGGUCAGAAAGGAGGAUGACAAAAGCAGAGAAAUAUCUAUAAAUCUAUUUAUGAAGCCGGUUUUUGUAGCCCUUUCUGAUCUUAUCAAGCAAAGCAUUGUCCUGAACGAAUCGAAGAAGUUCAUUGUGAACAGUGUUAUAACAAGGAUCGUUGAUCUUGAAUGUGUCGUUGACUAUGUCGAGAAUGGUGAGAACAAAAAACAGGGAUCAUUUGCGAUUGUGUUGGACGAACAGCUAGAAGUGUUUGUCUAUGAAAAUUUUUUUAGCGAUAAGCACGAUGAUAAUCCCUUAUUAAAAUUUAAGGCUGACGAAUCUGAACUUGUGGGGAAGUUGCAUCAUCUAGUCAUUGAGGCAUUCAGAGCAGAUGAGAAUAAUAUUUUGUAUUAUUUAACAGGAUUGAUACCAAACUAA